AUGAGAGAGCAACCAGGCGAAGAGGAAGAUCCGAGAUCAACCCCUGACCUGGAGGAAGAUCAGAGAUCAACCCCUGACCUGGAUGAAGAUCAGAGAUCAACCCCUGACCUGGAUGAAGAUCAGAGAUCAACCCCUGACCUGGAUGAAGAUAAGAGAUCAACCCCUGACAUGGAGGAAGAUCAGAGACCAACCCCUGACCUGGAGGAAGAUCCGAGAUCAACCCCUGACCUGGAGGAAGAUCAGAGACCAACCCCUGACCUGGAUGAAGAUCAGAGAUCAACCCCUGACCUGGAGGAAGAUCAGAGGCCUACCCCUGAAAUGGAGGAAGAUCAGAGGCCUAGCCCUGAAAUGGAGGAAGAUCAGAGACCAACCCCUGAAAUGGAGGAAGAUCAGAGACCAACCCCUGAAAUGGAGGAAGAUCAGAGACCAACCCCUGAAAUGGAGGAAGGUCAGAGAUCAACCCCUGACCUGGAGGAAGAUCAGAGACCAACCCCUGAAAUGGAGGAAGAUCAGAGACCAACCCCUGACCUAGAGGAAAAUCAGAGACCAACCCCGAUCUGGAGGAAAAUCAGAGACCAACCCCCGAUCUGGAGGAAGAUCAGAGACCAACCCCCGAUCUGGAGGAAGAUCAGAGACCAACCCCCGAUCUGGAGGAAGAUCAGAGAUCAACCCCUGAAAUGGAGGAAGAUCAGAGACCAACCCCUGACCUGGAGGAAAAUCAGAGACAAACCCCUGACCUGGAGGAAAAUCAGAGACCAACCCCUGACCUAG